GAAAGGGAACUAAGUGCGGCUGUUCACAAUUCGAAGCAAGAUGGAGAAAAAAGUAGAAUUGGAUCAGGUCAACUUGAUCCCUGCGGAAAGGCUCCUAAAGGAGACACUUGCUACACAACAAGCAAAACCAAGUUAGAACAAGUGUCAUGUGAGACAAGUUAUACCCAAAUAGAGCCUAAAACUAUAGUCCAAAGACAGUGGGAAGUACCUACUAUAAUUUCCCAAGAAAAUACGUCUCUAACUCACAAGUUCAAGAAAGGAAAUCUGGGGCUGGCAAAUUCUAAGGACUGGCAUCAGCAGCCAUCCCAGGUAGAAGGGCUUUCCCAGUCUCAGUUGCCGCCGCAGGAGAGCAGCCGUCAUGGACCCAGCAAAGUUUUCCGACAGAAAUUAAGUAGCAGCAUCAGCGCCCUCCCUCACUUGGAACGCCAGGCCAAACCGAGUUUGGUGGCAACCGCUUUGAAGCCUCCCCAGCAAGAUGCUCUUUUCCCCCAAAUAGCCACGAAGAACUUGCAGAACAUGCCGAGUCUACAUCUGGAUAACCGAUCUCAGGUCCAGCCGUUUCCUCCCACUCUCUCUGAAACCAUCCCCAGAGGGCUGAGCAGUAAAUCAGACAUGGAGAAGACUCACAGUGUCAAGCUCCCACUAACUUCAGCAGAAGCCUUGAAACAUUUUAAAAAUCAACUAACACUUCAUGAACAACGAGAAAUCAAGGAAUAUAAAGAGCUGUGGUUUCUUGGCCUGGGGGCGAAAAAGAUUGAAGGCUACAUUGAUGCAGAGAACAGCAGCUCCUACGAUGACGACCAUGGUUCCUACAAAAAGGUACUGGGCGAUCAUAUGGCAUAUAGAUAUGAAAUCCUGGCUAUUAUUGGGAAAGGAUCCUUUGGCCAUGUUGUAAAGUGUUUGGACCACAAGACAGGUGAAAGAGUAGCAGUGAAAGUAAUAAGGAACAAAAAGAGAUUCCACAAUCAGGCCUUGGUGGAAGUUGGCAUCUUAAACACGCUGCGGCAAAAGGACCAGGACAAUACAUACAACGUCGUCCACAUGAAAGAGUAUUUUUACUUCCGUAAUCAUUUCUGCAUCUCCUUUGAAUUGUUAGGUUUAAAUUUAUAUGAAUUAAUCAAGAAAAAUAAUUUCCAAGGUUUUACCUUGUCUUUGAUUCGUCGUUUUACCCACUGCAUCUUAAGAUGUUUACAACUGUUGUAUUCAGAAAAAAUUAUCCACUGUGAUCUGAAGCCUGAGAACAUACUAAUAAGCCAAUCUCAACUUGGACAAAUUUCAUUUAAAGUUAUUGAUUUUGGAUCAAGCUGCUAUGAACACCAAAGAGUGUACACUUAUGUCCAAAGUCGAUUUUAUCGUUCUCCAGAAGUCAUUCUGGGCCAUCCUUACACAACCUCGAUUGACAUGUGGAGCCUGGGCUGCAUCAUGGCUGAACUCUACACGGGGUAUCCACUUUUUCCAGGGGAAAAUGAAGUGGAGCAACUUGCGUGCAUUAUGGAGAUCUUAGGACUUCCACCAGCUGAUUUCAUCCAAACUGCAUCAAGAAGACGAACCUUCUUUGAUUCCAGCAGUGCUCCAAAGAACCUUACAAACAGUAGAGGGAAGACAAGGAAUCCGAAUUCCAAAGAUCUGAGCACUGUGUUGAAAACACACGAUGGCUCUUUUCUGGAUUUUCUCAAGAAGUGCCUUGUGUGGAAACCUUCCUUGCGCAUGACUCCAGAAGAAGCGAUACACCAUGCCUGGAUGGAGGAUCCUUGGCCGCAUAAAACAAAGCAAAAGCCCAGGAUGGCUGCAAAGCAGAGCAAGGGAACUUCCUUCGCCUCAGAGGAGAAAAAGGAAAAUGCUCAUAAAAAUACACAGAUAGAAAGAGGAGAUGACAUCGCUUGGCAACAGUCCAGCACAGAAGUAAAAUCUGAUCCACCUGAAAAGUUACCUGUUUCAUAUCAAAAACUCUCUCCCAUCGCAUUGUCCCAAGAAAUAAAUAAAGAGGAAAAUCAGGAUGCUAGUAAACAGGACACUCCAGUAAAAGAAGUAGAAGCUCCGAUGGAUAAAGCUGCUAAAAGAGACCGUGGGGCUGAGAAGGUCUUGCACAAAAAUACAAGCAUCUUGCCACCCAUUACACACAAGCAGUGA